GGGAAUCUUAUUUCCUUAUUGGCUGUAUUUCUUGGUCAGGGACUUGAGCUAUCCGUUCAAGAUAAGCGGAGCACCGGGUAGCUGAGACGAUCAGUAAAUUAUUCAGUCGUACUGUAAUUCUGUUUGUGAUUACAAUAAGUUUAUUGUAGCUUUAACACCCGUUCUUUCAUUACUCCUGAUAAUAGAAGUGAGUGUUUGGGUGGGGAACGUCGGAAAGCAGAAACAUCGCAUGACUGCAGUUCGCCUACGUCAUUUUGUAUCGGGCCAGGGAUUAACCAAUCACACGUCGCGUUACGUCGGGGUUUCUUAUCACGCCAUGAGAGCCGACGGUAGUGAUCUGAUUCACCACAACAAAAAUAAAGCUCCCAGGGUGGGCCUGUGAUGUGUGAAAUACACACCCCCAAUAGAUCUACGUGUCCUUAAAUCAGAAACCAUAUUUUGCUCAUCGUGAAUUCGUUCUUUAUCGCUACAGUGUGAAUUUCGAACUGAUACACAGACUCCUUACUUUAAGAGUGUAAUAGGUGCCCGUCUGCUAACUUGGUAAGCAGAGAAGCAGUGUGCUGCUGUUACACACCGUAGCCGCCGUAGCGUUGCCAGUCACUGUUGCUGAGUGAACGCCAGAACGGCUUGUAAGACUUGUGUUUUACUCGUUAUUAUUUAUUUACGAGAACGUUUCAGCAAAUAAACUAGUGCGGUGAGACCUGACGUUCUGUGAAACUCAUUCUGGUGCUAGUUGCUGUCAGAGAGCUCUGUGAAAAUCGCCUUGGCCUUGGGUUAGAGGAUUAGAGUGCUCUCAAUGUCUGUGCUGAAGCUGCAGGCAGGCCUGAGGGGCAUCCAUCCCCAGUGUUUAGCUUCCAAUGCCUACCCUGGGCAUGCAAAGUUCGCUUCUGGCAAAGAGGAGGACACGUCACAAAGUCAUCGCCAUCUUGGGACAUUUUCCUCAACUUUUUCUCGGCGUUUUAGAGCUGGAGAUGCUCACAGGACAGAAAAGUCCUCCGAUGAUUUAAAUGUCCAGUCUCCUCUUGGGGCUUCCCCUCCCGCAGAGGAGAAAAAAGACAGGAUGAAAAUAAAUUUCUCUUCUUUGGGUGCCACUGUCCCUCUUAGAAUUGCUGAGAUGAACAGAUACUUUGCAGAUACUUCAAAGAAAUUUCUCAGUUCUCGGAAUCCUUUGAAUCGUAACGGGACCAGCUCUAAUUCGACCAUGGAAGAGAAAUCUGUACCCACAGAUCAAACGUCUUCCCUAGAACAUUCUCUCACUCAGAUGAACCAAAGCAUUAUAUCAUUCUACGACACAUCCUGUGCCACCAACGCUCCCCAUCAGGCGGAGAACAUGAUACAACGAGGCGUCGCUAUGCAAGAGUCAGUUGAUGAUGAUUCAGUUUCUGCAGACACCCCACAGACCAUCGGACCUCUUUUCCCCACAGUUUUGCCCGCAGAAAUGAAGAAAAAGCGGGCAGAGGCACGACGCGCCCAGAAAAUCUCUCGGCUUUCCCUUGAAUCUCGUACCAAAGCUCUGGUACAGUCCCUGAAGUCUGCUCAUUCUCUGAUGUCCAAGAUCACACGAGCAGAGGAGCUGUGUGAGCACCUCAUUGCUCACCCCGAGUGUGUGUGGGACGCUGCCUCUGAAAAAGCUGUACCUUGCGUAAAGAAGUUGACAGCAUCUCCCGACAAACUUCUGAAAGGUCUCGCCCAUGAAAUCCUUUCCCUCCUCGGCCAUGUCAAGCCGUUGUCUGCCCCUGGCAUCAGAGUUCUGUCAAUCGACGGUGGAGGCACACGAGGCCUUGUGACGAUAGAGUUUCUGAAAGCACUCGAGAAACAAAGUGGCCGCAAGAUUCACGAACUGUUUGACUAUGUGUGCGGAGUGAGCACCGGUGCACUGCUGGCCAUCCUCAUCUGCCUGUACAAGCUCCCCCUGGAUCGGUGCGAAGAACUGUACAAAGACUGCUCCACUCAGAUGUUCACCAGGAACAGGGUGCUGGGCACCACAAAGCUGGUGUGGAGUUACGGCUUCUACGACUCGCAGUCUUGGGAGGAGAUCUUGAAACGAGAAAUGGGUGAGAAAUCACUGAUAGAGUUUGCCAGGGACCCUGACGUUCCCAAAGUAUCUGCCAUCUCCUCACUGAUGAACUCGCAGCGAAUGAGCAGCCACCUGUUCCGCACCUACAACACCCCCCCUGGCGCAUCCUCACAGUACCCUGGCAGCUGUCGACACAAAGUCUGGGAGGUCGUCCGCGCCUCGUCCGCUGCCCCGGGCUAUUUUGAGUCUUUCAAACUGGGUGAUGAAGUCCAUGAGGAUGGUGGCAUUUUGACGAACAACCCAACGGCACUAGGAAUUCACGAGAGCAGACUACUGUGGCCCAAGGAAAACUUUCACUGCGUUGUCUCCCUGGGCACCGGACGUUUUGACAAUAGCAGUAUUAGUGAGACCCCAGCAAAGAUGUCCCUGAAGCGGAAAAUCACAACCAUCGUUGACAGUGCCACAGAUACUGAAGCCGUCCACCAGACUCUACAAGACCUGCUUCCAGCCCGCACAUAUUUCCGCUUCAACCCUUACCUGUCGGAGGAAUUCAUGUUAGACGAAAUUCGACCGGAGAAAAUGGCUCAGAUGCAGCUGGAUGCCCAGAUGUACACGCGCCGCAACAGCUACAAGCUGACGGCCGUGUCAGACAGACUCAUGGAGAAACGCAAACCUCAACAGGUGGCCGGGGACUGGAUGAAGCGAGUCCUCGAGCAAGUGUAGGGCUGAGAGCUUCUUUCCUGCCUUUGAUAAAUGAAGGACUCCACGGCAAAAUACUUUGUAGUAAAUUCUAGAAUUGACAAAGGUGAGUUUUGUGCCACACCUACCUUUUAGUGUUAUCGUCUUUAUAACAAAUUUGUCAGAAAUGACUUCUGCAGCUGCAUUUACUUUUUUUUUUUUGGUUGCAUUUACAGUUUUACGAAACCUUUUUGAAAAAAAAAUAAAUUUUUAUUUGAAAUUUUUUUUUUUAGUUUUCUCUGGUCAAGAAUUUUGGAUAUGGCAGGUUUUGCUGUGUAGCCCUUCACAAUAUUACGAGCAGACGCGAAACUGAUGAAAGGGGAAUUUAUGCAUUUAUAUUUUCAUCCUUUGUAAUAGCAUUUCUGUGAUUUACUGAACGGGCAUUAUGUUUUAACAAGCCACUUAGCAGACCUGGUGACUCUGAACAGCUGUGUAUGAAGUUCUGUGUAUUUCAAUCUACCUCGUCCUGACUAUAGAGCAGACUGAUACAAAUGUCAAGUUUUGAGAGAAAUUUGGAGAUGAUAGUUCACACCUCCUGUAUGAAACAUUUCAUACUCGACUGAGGCUUUAAAUUAGGUCAGUUAGAUAUAUAUCUUUUCUCAAGUUAAAUGCUUGCGUAGCUGUGUGCUCAGCUUAUGUUUUUAUAACCUUGACUUUAUUCAUGAGUGGUACUGCUUAAAUGGUCUCCUUCACAAUUUGCAAAUGGUUACGUAGAUGAAAAACUCUAUCCCUGUUGAUGUUGCUUUUAACUAACAUCCCCGUUGAUGUUGCUUUUAACUAACAUCCCCCUAAGUUGUUCUUCCCUGGUGCUAAGCUUAUCUACUGUUUUUGUGUAGCCGUUAUGUGCUUGUGUGGUUUCUGCGUACUUACUUGCGGUCUGAGAAUCAGUAGCAGCGAACAUGAUCUGUAGAAACACUUUUAUUUAUGCUCUCCCAAUUAUUUUUUUUUGUGAAGAAAAGAUUCAAUGUAUUACCUCCGUUUUCUUAUAAUUUCAAACUGCAUUUAGUGUGUAAAGUGAAAGUUUUGAGAUCAAGCUUUUCUCAGAACAAGUAGCCAAGUUUCAGACUACUUAUUGUUUUAAUGGGGAAUGAAUCUAGAAAUAAGUGAAGAGAGAUGUGUGUUUGUAGCUCUGGAAUUUUUUUGUAUCAGUUUCUUUUUUUUUUUUUUUUAAUCUUGUUGAGGCAAGAUUUCGUAGAACAAUAGAAAGUAGACCUCAGUACAUUGUUCUGUACACUUCACUGAACCAGCAAUGGGAAGGUGAUUGGCUUACUUUGCCACGGGUUUGGAUUUGAUAUUAACACUUGGCUUCCUAUUGAAGACUGGCAUCUCCUGUGCUUACAUUAUCACCGAUGUAGUAAAGGAGGCGGUGUCAAGUCAAGCAGAUUUUUUUCCAAGGGACAGUGGCAAUUUAUAUAUUGAGGCAUUAGAAUAAGAUAACAGAGGUGAAAGACCUUCUGCAUUAAGCUCAAAAUAUGUGGGGGGAAAAUGUACUUGAUGGCGAUUUAUAGCAGUGGUUUGAAUUUUUUUUUUUUUUUGAGUAUUGGAGUAGUUGCCAUUUCUUGCAUCAUUGGUAUUAUUAUUGAAAACAUGUUUUAUGUCUCCUGUAAUGUUCUUGAACCAGUUUUUUUUCAAGAAGCAUGUUGGAGGGCUUUAGUUUUUGACAAGUCAACUUAUGUUACAGUGCAGGUUUUUUUCCUUACGACUGCUGACUUAAAUGUUUUGCUUACUGUUCGACUUAAUAAUGAAAUAAUAAUAAUGGAUUGCAUUUAUAUAGCGCAUAUCCACUUACUCUCACUUGAGUAUUCUGUGACUUUUACGCUCUACUCUCGGCAUUUCAAAUAUCGCAUCAUGCAAAGUUUGUCAAAUGUGUGUCUGUUCGGUCUGUUCAGGUUGUCGUCGGUAUGUUUUUUAAAGAAUUGUUUUAUUAAUGGCAUUAAGUCUGUAUGAAAAAUGUUACUCUAUGAGGCUAUCCUGUGUUCAGUUGAUGAUGAAAGAAGGGUUUGGGCCCUUGCUGCUCCAUAUCAUUUCUCACUUGUUGUAAAUAAACACAUGUAUCAUGUACAGCUCUGUUGACCACAAUGAAGAGUGAAAUACAACCCAUAGAAUGUUCACAA